GUUUUGCGUCAUUCUCCCGCGGUUUGCUUCGAUUGACAAUUUGGCGCGGGAUAUUCACAAGGAAGGACGCACUGUCGGUUGAUCAACUUUGCAGGCAACUAUAUUAUCGGUGUGACCAUGCAAUUUUCCUCUAGAAGAAGAAAGAUCAUCAGCAACACGCAAAAUGAACUGUACGGGCAUUGCCUGCAGUUCUACAGUCAGCCACCGACUGAAAACAUCUCGCUUGCAGAGUUUGAAAUCUUCGCAGUUGAGAGAUUAAAACUGCUGAAGACCGUUGAAAACCUUGGUGUUAGCUAUGUGAAGACAUCCGAACAAUAUGAGAAGAAAUUGUUUGGUGAACUCACCAAUUUGAAUUUCCCUUAUAAAACAGAGGCUGAUGACCGUAAAGAUCAGAAUGGCCAGUCAGAGGUGGAGAAGAGGAGAAAGGAUCACAUCUCCCAUUUCAUUCUUCGACUUGCUUAUUGUCAAACAGAGGACCUGCGUCGCUGGUUUAUUCAGCAGGAGAUGGACUUGUUCCGCUUUCGCUUCAGCGACCUGCCUGCCCGUUACAAGACAGAGUUCCUGCACCGCAACAAUCUACAGUAUGACACGUUGAGUGUGGAGGAGAAGAGGAAUUUGGCAGACAAGCUGAUCAGUUCCAGCUAUGGAGUCAGUGGUGCCACACUGGUGGAGCAGGAUUACUACAAGGUGCCUUUCCAGGAUGCGCUGGAUCUGGUGCGGAGCAGGAAGGUGUUUCUGAAGGGGGGCUAUGCCUACAUCCCCCACCAAGACAUCAUCUCCAUAGUGCUCAAUGACUUCCGCACACGGCUCUCCAAAGCGCUCGCGUUGACGGCGAGAUCCUUGCCAGCGGUGCAGUCUGAUGAGAGGCUACAGCCCCUCCUCAACCACCUGAGUCAUGCCUACGUGGGACAGGAUUACAGCAUUCAGAAGAACAUAGGGAAGAUUUCUCUGGAGCAGAUUGAUCCGCUGUCGGCCAAGUCCUUCCCCCUGUGCAUGAGGCAGCUCCACCGGGCGCUGCGGGAGAGCCACCACCUGCGUCACGGCGGCCGCAUGCAGUACGGCCUCUUCCUCAAGGGCAUCGGCCUCACCCUCGAGCAGGCCCUGCAGUUCUGGAGGUCAGAGUUCGUCAAGGGCAAAGUGGACGCAGACAAGUUUGACAAGCAGUACUCCUACAACGUGCGCCACAUGUUUGGUAAGGAAGGCAAGCGCACCGACUACACCCCCUACAGUUGCAUGAAGGUGAUUCUGUCCAACGCGCCCAGCCAAGGCGACUUCCACGGGUGUCCAUUCCGCCACAGUGACCCGGAGCUCCUGAAGCAGAAGCUGCAGUCCUAUAAGCUGUCCCCCAGCGGCAUCUCUCAGAUCUUGGACUUAGUCAAGGGAAUGCACUAUCAGCUCGCCUGCCAGAAGUACUUUGAGUUGACACAUGGGCUCGAGGACGCUGGCUUCUCGUUGAAUCACCCCAACCAGUACUUCAUCGAGAGCCAGAAGCUGCUAGGAGGAGGAGGAGGAGGGGGUGCAGGAGGGAAGGAGGUGAAGAGGGAGCCCCAGACGCCCCAGCGAGCCCCCAAUCCCGCUGCCAAGACCCCCGGCAAUCCCCUGCCUGCACCCGCCACGCCGGCCCUGUCCAAGGAGGUCGCUGCUGAGAUGGAGGACCUGGACUCUCUCUUCCAGGACGAGUAGUGGCACGGCAGGGCGCUACAUUUUUUUCCCAGUAUGGCGACGCCACAGAUGGUCAAACUCGGCUUCUGAUUGGUCAACCUUCCACGGCAGCUCCACAACUCCCUGUGACGGUUUAGGUUUAGGCAUGGUUUUGGUCUGGGCACAGUUUUGCAUCACCGUUCUUAACCAAAGUAAAGAAGCAGAAAUAUCGCUUUACUGACAGGUUAGAUUAAGGGAUGUUUUUGGUCAGUUUUGUUUUGGACUCUCCCAUCUGCUGUGUUUCAGUUUUGCUGCUCUAGAAGUUUGACCAAUCAGAGGCCAUCUGGCAUCGCCAUACUAGGGGGGAAAAAAUGUCGCCGGUAGGGCAGCUCCCCAUGACAAUGAAUGGCCUCCUUGGCAGAGAGUGAGAGAGGGAGGUGUGAUUUCCAACUACAACCACAUUCCGAACUUUUGGAGUUGUCUCUGAGCUGUUCCUGCAGAUCACUGCAGGAAUAGGACAAGCUUUGUUUAUCACGUGUAAUGUACUGUGUCUUCCGUACUCGGGUGUUCUCUUAUGUAUUUUUAAAAAUUGCCUUUUUUGUAUUCUCAGAUUUCUGUGGCUCAUAUUUUUUUCAUUGAUGGCUUUUGUCCCGAUGGCUGAAUUUGAAAUUAAAUUGACCCCACAAUGGCUUCUGGCAAAAAAUAAAUUAAACGAAUGAGAAAAGCAA